AUGUCGAAAUCUCAUUUAGGCCAACCUUUGAUUCUUCCAUGCGGCCUGCAGCUGCCGAACCGCCUCGUCAAGGCCGCCAUGGCUGAGAAGCUCGCCGACGCAAAUUGUUUCCCGACCACACCACAGAUAAAAAAUGUGUACUCGGCAUGGGCAAAUGGUGGUUGGGGCAUGGUUAUGUCCGGCAACGUCCAAGUAGAUUUGAGGUACCUUGGACAGGCUUCCGACGUUAGCAUUGACAAGACGCGUUCACAUGAGACGACGGUCGAGACGUUCAAGGAUCUUGCCGGGAUUUGCAAGGUCAAAGGAACUCCAACCCUCCUGCAGUUGAAUCAUCCUGGCCGCCAGUCUCCCCCAGGAGCAGGGACAAAAUCAUUCUGGGACAAGAGCCUAGCCCCGAGUCCCGUCCCACUCAACUUUGGACCGGGCAUCAUAUCCUGGCUCACUUCGACAUGUCUAUUUGGUACGCCCAAGGAAAUGACCCAAACCGAUAUCGACGACGUGGUCAAUCGCUUCGUUUAUGCCGCAACUGUCGCCGCUGAGGCUGGCUUCGAUGGCGUCGAGCUGCAUGCAGCGCAUGGCUACCUGCUCUCCCAAUUUCUGUCACCCAAGACGAAUUUGAGAACUGAUGCCUACGGAGGUUCGCCUGCCGCUCGAACUAAGAUAGUGGUUGAUAUCCUUAAGGCUAUUCGCGCAGCCGUCCCGCCAACAUUCUGCGUUAGCCUUAAGCUUAAUUCGACAGACCACCAGGAGGUCGGCAACGCUGAGUCCAGAUCAGAGCUCAGUGAUGCCCUUGAGCAGGCGUCUCUCAUUGCAGACACUGGCCUGGAUUUCUUGGAGAUCAGUGGUGGAUCGUAUGAGAAGCCCUCAAUGAUGACCGGACCUAAAACACAGUCGAAAAGGACCGCCGCCCGUGAGUCCUACUUCCUGGAUUUCGCCAGGGAGCUGAGGACAAAGAUCCCAGAUAUGAUCCUGAUGGUCACCGGUGGCUUUCGUACGCGGCAGGGGAUGGAAGCCGCGCUGGCUGAGGGAGCUUGCGAUCUCAUCGGAAUCGCUCGCCCAGCGAUCAUCAACCCUGCACUCCCAGAAAACACCAUCUUUAACCCCGAGCUGAGCGACGAAGACGCCAAACUAUAUGCCAAAAGGAUUGAGGUACCUUACUUGGCUAAGCUGUUCGGUGCGAGAGCCGUGGGUGCCGGAUAUGAAAUUAAAUGGUAUACACAGCAGCUCCACGCAAUUCAGGGCAGUGAUUGA